CCACUCCGCCGAGCUUUUCCGCUCCACUCUGCUCCGUGCGUCCCCAAACAAGCUGCACACUUCUCGCCGCCGCCAAAGCCCAAACCCCUCACCGCCGGCGGCCGGCGGCGGCUAUGCUUCUGUACCAUCGAAUCCUCCCUCGCCUCCUCACCCUCACCCUCACCCUCCCCUCCAGACCCGCCUCACAGCUCCUCCUCCGCCCCUCCCGCUUCCCACCCCGCCGCCCCUUAAUGCCUCGCUCCGCUGCGCUCUGCCAGCUCGCGGACCCCCAAACCGUAGUAGACCACUCCGACGCCGAAGAGCCCGAAGACGACUUCGCUGCCGAAGAGCCCGAAAACCAAUUCGAUGCCGAAGAGCCCCUGGGGGAUGUGCAGGUAAAGCUCCCCCUCGACCGGCUCUUCCUGCCGCCGGGGGCGAAGGUGACCCCGGGGGACGAGGAGGGCGUGACCGCGCGGGUCCUCAAGGGCUCCAACAUCGUGCUCGGCACGUACGCGCGAGGCGACGCGCAGGUGGUUAACGCGGAUUUCGUCAAGAGCAGCGUGCGCCCCGAUGACUGCCCCAAGGAUGGCCGGCCUGAGUUCGCGCUCGUCGGCCGCUCUAACGUCGGCAAGUCGUCGCUGCUCAACUCGCUUGUCCGCCGCAAGAAACUCGCGCUCACCUCCAAGAAGCCUGGCAAGACCCAGUGUAUCAAUCAUUUUAUAAUAAAUGACAGCUGGUACCUUGUUGAUUUGCCUGGUUAUGGAUAUGCUUCAGCACCGCAGGAAGCUCGCAAAGAUUGGGAUGAAUUUACUAGAAAUUACUUCCUCAGCAGGGAUAAUUUGGUGUCAGUUUUUCUCCUUAUAGAUGCAAGUAUUCCUGCUAAGAAGAUUGAUCUUGACUAUGCUAGUUGGCUUGGGCAAAACAAGGUCCCGAUGACACUGGUGUUCACGAAAUGCGACAAACGCAAGAAGAAGAAAAACGGCGGCAAGAGACCAGAAGAAAACGUAGAAGCCUUCCAGAGCCUGAUCCGUGAAUACUUUGAGGCAGCACCUCCCUGGAUAAUGACGAGCAGCGUGACCAACCAAGGCAGAGACGAGAUACUCCUGCACAUGUCUCAGCUCAGGAACUAUUGGCGCAAGCAUUAAGAUGGAAUAACAUAUAUAGGACCGAAGCAACAGCAAAGCUGUUACGCUUUGAUGCAUCGGCGGCACCUUUGCAAUCAGGAUCUUCAUCAACUAAUUUCGCCUUUUGAGCUGUGGAUUGCCCCAAUUGCCCUCGUCCAUGAUUACUCAAUCAGCAAACCGGGACUACAGACAAGCCGCUGAAAUCAACAACCCUGUUUCUUUUUUCUAUGUCUGUAUAACCGUACAAUCUCAACGUUUUGUCCUUGUUACUUUCUGAAUAUAUAUAAGAUUGUGCAAUCUGUAGAUUAAUAAAGAAUUCAUGUGUCAGCUAACCAUCAUUGGGAAUCUAACAUUUCUUGUUUA